AUGAUCAACCAGCCGUCGAAUCAGAUCAAACUGACCAAUGUCUCCGUCGUGCGACUCAAGAAAGCCGGCAAACGAUUUGAGAUUGCCUGCUACAAGAACAAAGCUCGAGAGUGGCGGUCAGGCGUCGAGACAGACCUGUCAGAAGUCAUUCAGAUCGAACAGAUCUUUGCCAACGUCUCCAAGGGCGCCGUCUCGCCCGCGCAGGAUCUCAAGAAAGCAUUCGGCACGACAGAUGUCCAAGAAAUCCUGCUGCAGAUCCUCAAAAAGGGAGAGCUCCAAGUGGGCGAGAAGGAGAGAGCCCACGAGAUCGAUGCGAUGAGACGGGAGAUCGCACUGGCCACCGCAGAGCGAUGUGUCGAUCCGGAGACGCAGCGACCCAUCACAGUGACGAUGAUCGAGAAAGUCAUGGAUCAGCUCGGUUAUGCCGUGCACACGAACAAGUCGAUCAAGUCACAGGCUCUCGAGCUCAUCAAGCAGAUCCAGAGCGAAAGUGCGCUGCCGAUACAGCGAGCGCAAAUGCGGAUACGACUCACCUUGCCGGUCGGCCAGUCAAAGACACUCAAGGGUCAGAUCACGCCUCUCUGCGCGUCCAUCGAAGCCCAAGAGACCAACAGCUCCGAAUGGGAGAUCGUUGCCCUCAUCGAUCCAGGCAGCUUCAAGAUCAUCAACGAACUCAUACAUGCCAGUGCUGGUCCAAAGGGCGAGCUCGGCAAGCUAGAGACUCUCUCCUUUGCUGCAAUCAGCCAUGCGGAUGGCGAGGAUCGCAUAGAGUAG